AUGGCGGUGACGGCGGACAGGGCGCGCGAGGAGGGUGAGGUCGCGGGCAAGAGCGGCGACGGGGGAGGGGGAGCGGCAGGAGGACGGACGUGCCUGGUGCAGGGGUACCUGCUGAAGCGGUCAGAAACGCUGCACCUGUGGAACCAGCGCUGGUUCGUGCUGGACCCCACCACCGCGCGCAUGGAGUACCGCAUGCAGCGCAGCGACGUGUACCCGCGUGGGCACAUCGUGUUCGACGCCGACAGCACCAUCACCGUUUCGCCCCUCAACUUCCAUGGAGCCAAGCAAUACGACGGCUGCUGCUUCUACGUGGGCACGGCGGGCAAGAAGGAGUACUUCCUGUGCGCCGAGACACCAGAGGCCGCCAGGGCAUGGGUGCUCACCAUCAGGGCGGCAGCACAGGUGUUGAGGGCGCACCGGGCGGCCGUCAGUGUGCUGGGUUCCGCCUCCGGCCCCGCUGUCUCCGUGCAGGAGACGCUGCGAGUGAAGGACGAGGAGAUCCAUGCGCUCACCGUGGCCGUGCGCGAGCGCGACUCCGCCAUCGCUGACCUCACGCGCCGCCUUCAAGACGCCGCCGCCGCCGCUGAUGCAGCAGCGGCAGCGGCAGCGCAGGCAGCGAGGGAGCGGGACGAGGUGCGCGCGGCUGCAGGCAAGCUGUGUGACGACCUGGAGGCACGGUUUGAGCGGUCGGAGCAGCAGCAGGCGGGCAGCAAGGCGGGCAGGGUGGCAGCGGAGCAGGAGGCGGAGCGGGCGAGGGCGCAGGUGGCACAGCUGCUGGUGGCGCUGGCGGAGGAGAAGGCGCGUGGCGACCGGGAGGAGGCGGGCAGGCGGGCUGCGGAGGGGGAGAUGCUGCGAUGGAAGGCCGAGGCGGAGAGGUUCGUCACUGCAGGACUCGCAUCACUCACACCCUCCUCCUGCCCGCCUUCCACCACCAACGCCAACAACGUCACUGCCACUGCCACUGCCAGUGCAGCAGGCAGAGAGCCUUCAUGUAUGCCCGUGCCUGCCACUGCCACGCCCCUGUCAGCCCCUCCGGCACAUCCAAGUACUCAGCCUCCUGCUCAUCCGCCUCUUGUGUCCCCACCUCCCAUGCCCUCCCUCUCGCCGUCACCACCGUCUGCGCCACGUGUGUCUCAUGGUGCGAGUGCACAUGCCAUGGUCUCUGAGGAGCCCCACCAUGGCCUUCUCACUGCUCCGCACGCUCCGCCCACCGCGGCAGCUGCGUCACUACCGCAACUAGCACAGCCAGCGGCAGCAUCAGGAGUUUCUACUGUUGCUUCAGCAACAGAUGAUGCUAACCCUGCUGCCCUUGCUGCCAAUACUGUACGCGAGGCAAGCGCCGCGGAUACUGCUGCGGAGGCGGCACCACCACUUGUGCUGCACUAA